CGCAGAUUUCGAAAAUAUAUUGGAGGCGUUGGUGGCCCAGCAGUACGUUGUGCGGCUAUGCUUGGCAAUUGCCAUCAUCAUCAUCUCGUAGAAGGACCGCAACGCUCGGCCAGCGUGGGUGGAUCUCCGUCUUGAAGCUGGCAACAAUGUGGGGGAUGCGCGACGCCCGCCGCUUGGCCAUCAGUGAACUAACCAAGCUGAGGAUGUCAGAUGUCGACCGUGUCGUGUACGGGAAAGAAUAUGCUGUUGUGGAUUGGGUCAUAUCUGGCUAUCGGGAUUUGGCUAACCGUAGAAUUGUGAUCACCACGGAGGAGAUUUCGAGACUUACACUGCCCACUUGUCGGAAAGUUUGGCAGGCCCAGGUUUCCAUCUCGAAUUUUCAGCUAGGUGGAACGGGAGCGACAACAAGCCAUGUUCUGGAAAACAUCUUUUCUUCUGAAGUGAACGAGAUAUAUCAAAGGGGCCAGGCCUUUGGAGACGAGGUACGUUCUCCCAAGCCAGGUUUCGUGCAGCCGAAUCCUGUUAAGUGCGUGUGUACGUGGUCACUAAAUUACUGCUGAGUCGAAUCCUACAGUUUUUCUCCAUAUAUGUACUUGUAUGACAUCGAAAGUUUACAUGUAGUCUAAUAUCAUUAUACCUUCAUCGCGAACAAGACACAGCCGUCCACGAAAGCCGUCGAAAUCCACAUCAUAGGCGAUAACACCAUCCAACUUCAACCCAAGCUCCGUGAUAUCCAGCCGCAUAUCACCAUUAGCCCUAGG